AUGUCUCAACCUACUCGAUAUAAUGAAAUUACAACAUUUGAAGAUAAUAUUUUAGAGGAAGAUGUACCAACUAUAUAUGGGGGUAGGGAAAUUUUAGAGGAAGAAUAUGGCUCAACUAUACAUUGGGAUAGGGGAAUUUUAGAGGAAGAAUAUGAACCAAUUGUAUAUGGAGAGAGGGAAAUACCAACUACAUAUGGGGUUAGGGAAAUUUUAGUCGAAGAUGAAGCAACUAUAUAUGGGGGUAGGAAAAUUUUAGAUUAUGAUGAGAACGAAACAAAUUAUCCAAAUGAAGAUGAACCAACUAUAUAUGGGGGUUGGAAUAAGUUUUUUGAUGAUCAACAGACUGUCGAUCAAAAUCACGAUGUUUUGGGCCAUUCGAAUGGUACCAAAAUCAUGUGA